GAUGUAGGCUUGUAAGCCCCUUGCAGGCCCGGGUCAUUUGAGGACUGCACUGAGGUUAAGGACGGCCAGGCAGGCCUGGGCCAGGAGGAGAAAAUGUUCUCUUCCCCUUAUCUCAUGUUGCAAGGCCUAAAUGCCUGGAUCAGCAGGAAGUGGCUCUUGCCUAGCUUAAAGUGUGUCUUUCUAAUCAGAAGUGUUCUUUCUAAAGACAAAGAACAUGUUGUCUCCAAAGGAAGGAUGGCUAAGAGAAUUCUUUAUUCUGCAAGCAUAAACAGGAUGUAUUUUGUUCUUAUUGAAUUUCGUGUAUAUUUCACUUCACGGAUGUUGGCUUGAUACUUUAAGUACACAUUGUUAUGUUUAUCUGAUCACUGCGAGUAUAUAGCUAUGUGAGUAAUAAACGGCAGGAUGCAGUUGCAAGUGCUGCCUUUGCUCUGCAUCCCCUGUGUCCUGGUGAUUUCGUAGACCCUUACCCAGGGACCCCAACGCACUAGACGUUGACAAUUGGCGCCCGAACAGGGACCCUGAAGGACGUUCAGGAAGGGUGAGUAACUUGAUUAAGUACAGGGUUAUGGGACAAGAAACUUCUACUCCUUAUGUUCGAAUGCUGAAGCAUUCACUUGCUGUCUAUGGUAUUACUGUUGCUUCUAAUGAUAUUGAGCUGUGCUUAAAGGUGGUUCGAGAAUGGAAUCCUUGGUUUCCAGAGGAGGGAACUUUAGAUUUAGAUAAUUGGCGGCGAGUUCGACAUAAUGUCGAGAAGGCAAUGAGACAGGGAGAAAAAAUUCCCGUGCGGUUUUGGUCUAUUUGGUCGAUUAUUUUUACAGUGCUUAAAGCGAAGGAGGAUGACCGCACGGUCGAAGACUUCCAUAAGGAGAUGGCUCCUUCUAUACAAGACCUCCCUUUAGAUACGGAUGAGAAAAGGGCGGUAGAGAAAGAUACCUUUAAGCUUACACCAUCCCGUGAGCCUAGCAAGUGUGGUAAUGAAAAACCAAAACCGAAAGUAAAGUCGGAUCCCGAGGUGGAGCGUGUGUGGAAGGUUUUUCAGCAGGUUAUGGCUAUGGCGGAAGAGUCUAAGAAACCCUCUAGGAAGCCCUCUGCUCCACCUUUGCCGUCUGUACCAGCUCUUUCUUCUAAAAAUCCUUUCCUUUCUGCUGCUUUAGCUGAGCUUGAUGCGCUAGAGGAUAGCGAUGAUGAGGGUGGCGCAGCUAAUUCUGUCUUUGCUUUUCCUGUUCUCAGGCCUCCCCCAAUCCAGGGGGUGGCACAAGCACCAUAUUAUGAAGGAAUAGGUAUAGAAGAUAUUGGUCGCUUGAAAAAGGCAGUGUCUUUAUAUGGACCUCAAUCACAUUAUGUUAAGGAGCUAGUUAAUGGUCUGGCUCGACAUUAUAACAAUUUUUCUCCUGAGGACUGGAGGGUCCUCUGUCGGGCUCUUUUAAAGGAGCCUGAGUAUCUGCAAUGGCAGAUGUGGUUUUCUGAACUUUGUGUGUAUGUACAUGUGGUAAUAGAUACAUAUUCUCAAUUUAUAUGGGCCACAGCACAAAGUGGUGAAACUGCACAACAUGUUAUCACCCAUCUCUUAGAAACUUUUGCUGUGAUGGGUUUACCAUCUAUUAUUAAAACAGAUAAUGGACCUGCAUAUAGCAGUAAAAAAUUUCAAACUUUCUGUGAACAAUAUGGUAUCAUGCAUAAAACAGGCAUUGAAUACAAUCCUCAAGGGCAAGCCAUUGUAGAACGUGCGCAUAGUACUUUAAAGUUACAAAUUAAAAAAUUAAAAAGGAGGAAAAAGGAUCAUAUCUUAGCAUUCACUCAAUCAAAUGCACGUUCCAUUUUGCAACAAGCUCUGUUCACAUUAAAUUUCUUGAAUCUUCCGCAGGGAGAUAUCCUCUCCCGUGCAGAGAAACAGUUCAUAGAGGGAGAGGUCGCUCCCCCUCCAUUAAAGGAACAUAUAUGGCUUAAACCGACUGCAGAUGCAGAAUGGCAACCGGGGCUAUUGCUUUGCAGAGGGAAGGGUUAUGCUUAUGUCUCCACAGAGGAUGGACGGACCUGUUCCUGGUCCCCGCGCGAUGGAUCCGGUCGAGGGCCAAUUCAAACGGCACCGUAUCCCACCAGGCGACGGAUGGGGAAUCCAGACCAAGAUGAACUUCCAUUACAGGCCAUGGCACAUCUGAAUUUGGGAGGACGACGUCGCCGCCAGCAGACAUUUGCUACUGCUUUGCCGACUUGGGGGCAAAUUAAAAAGCUUAGUGGGGAGGGGCAAAAAAUCCUGCAGCGAACGGGGAAGGCUUGUACGCCUGACAAUUUAUUCUUGGCUAUGUGUGCCUUGCUUACUGUAUCAGAUGCCGCUACGUUGGCCAAUUUACUUCUUAAGCAACUUGAGGGACUAGAUCCAAAAGGUAUUAUUCAGAGUUUGGGGCAUACUGCUGGAGGAAUGGGACUUGUAUUGUUGUUGAUUGUUAUCUUAUGCUUUAUGCUGUUGCAUUUUUGCUAUCUAAAGCCUUCCCAGAAUUCUAUGGCCAUCCUUUGGAGGGCACUUUUAUUAAAACAAAAGAAAAAAGAAGGAAUUGAGAUGAUGUAGGCUUGUAAGUCCCUUGCAGGCCCGGGUCAUUUGAGGACUGCACUGAGGUUAAGGACGGCCAGGCAGGCCUGGGCCAGGAGGAGAAAAUGUUCUCUUCCCCUUAUCUCAUGUUGCAAGGCCUAAAUGCCUGGAUCAGCAGGAAGUGGCUCUUGCCUAGCUUAAAGUGUGUCUUUCUAAUCAGAAGUGUUCUUUCUAAAGACAAAGAACAUGUUGUCUCCAAAGGAAGGAUGGCUAAGAGAAUUCUUUAUCCUGCAAGCAUAAACAGGAUAUAAACAGGAUAUAUUUUGUUCUUAUGUAUCUUACUUCAUGGAUGUUGGGUUGAUACUUUAAGUACACAUUGUUAUGUUUAUCUGAUCACUGCGAGUAUAUAGCUAUGUGAGUAAUAAACGGCAGGAUGCAGUUGCAAGUGCUGCCUUUGCUCUGCAUCCCCUGUGUCCUGGUGAUUUCGUAGACCCUUACCCAGGGACCCCAACGCACUAGACGUUGACAAGAGAAGAUAAAUAAUUUGCCCUAAAAUUACAUAGUUAUGUAAAAAUGGAAGCAAGCAUCUAUAAAAUAAAGUUUUGGCUCGUAUCUCUGGAGCUGUUCUACAUUACAUAUCCAAAUAUCUUUAUUUUAUCUUGGAAUAAACAUAUAGAAGGCAAUGGAAUAAACACACUCUAUACUUCCAUUUAUUUAUUUAUUUUUAAAGAUUUUAUUUAUUUAUUUGACAGAGAGAGAGCAAGCACAAACAGGGGAGCAGCAGAGGGAGAGGGAGAAGUAGGCUCUCUGCUGAGCAGGGAGCCUGACGUGGGGCUUGAUCCUGGGACCCUGGGAUCAUAACCUGAGAUGAAGGCAGAACCUUAAUAGACUGAGCCACCCAGGUACCCCAAUACUUCCAUUUAGUAUGAAUCUUAAAUCCAAAGGAAAGCAACUACUCUAGAUUUCUAGAUAUUAAAUGUUUUCUUAUAAUACUCGUAGCAUUUUACAGUUAGUAUUUCUUAAGCUGUGGUUCUAUAGAAUAUAAAUAAUAUGUCUAUGUUCAGCUGACUAUCAGCUAUAAGAAUUCUUUAAACAUAAUGAUCUAAUUUUCCAUACUAACACACUGUGUGUGUUUGUCUUUUUUUUUUUGUCUUUUGUCUUUUGCCAUUACUUUAUCACCGACCUAGCAACCGACAUUGCUAAACUACCCAAAAGAUAAUAUCCAAACCAUGGUUUACUAGGUACCCAUUAAGAACAUUUUUUAGGAACUAUUGAUUCUUUUUUAUGAAAGAUCUAUUUAUAAUGAUCUAUAACUUAAAUACACUAUUCUACAGAGGGACAAAGGUUUUCAGAGGCAGCUGUUACUAGCUUUUAAAACUUUAUUUUUCCGGGGCACCUGGGUGACUCAGUUGGUUAAAGUUGGUUAAGUGUCUGUCUCUGUUCAGGUCAUGAUCACAGGGUCCUAAGAUCAGUCUGUGGUCAUGUCAGACUCCCUGCUCGGCGGGGAGUUUGCUUCUCCCUCUCCCUCUGCCCCUAUCACCCCAACUUCCGUUCAUGUGCUCUUUGUCUCUCUUUCUCUCUCAAAUAAUAAAAUAAAAAUAAAAAAAUAAACUUUAUUUUUCUAUGUAUUAUCAACAGCAUUUAACCUGAAUUCUGGCUAUUGGGAGAUGAGUUCUUAUUCUUGUUCCUACUUAGCAACCUAUUCUCACUGUUCUUCCCUGAUAAAUUAUAAGAGAACAAUUACAUAAGUAUUCUGGGGUGCUUAGAAAUGAUUUAAUGCAAUCUAGCAUUGUAAGAAGAAAAACAUGACACGAGUUUAAAAGAUUUGGCAGAGUCCAGAUCAAACUUAGAAGGAGCUGCCAAAAGACUAAAUUUACCAAAACCACAUCCAAGACUCUUUUCACUUUGUAAUGCUUUCAUAUGCUAGGUUGAUUCUGUAGGCAUCUCUACUAUGGAGGCUAUAAAAGGUGAUACAGAAAAAACAUUUUUGCAGAGCUUAUAAAAAGGCACUAUGACCAGUCACUCACAUGGUUGAAUCCCACAACAUACUGUUAAGCAUAAAAGCAUAUUCCAUAAAAAUACUUACAUUCUGAUAACUAUUCUUAUAAAAGUCCAAAUAUAUACAAACUUGGUAACAUUGCUUAGAGAUAUACACAUAUAUAAUAAAGCUCUAAGGAACACUAAGGGAAUGUUGAAUAUAAAGUUCAGAACAGUCAUUGUGGGCUGGGGUAAUAUUAAUGUGUUCAGUGAGGACUAUAGAAGCUGGAAUUAUUGCUAAUAUUUUAUUUCCUGAAGCAAAUGGGAGGUACACAAAUGUUUAUUAUAUUAUUUUAUAAAAUAAAUGUUCCUUUAUUGUAUAUUCUUUUGAUGGAAUAAAACAAUUCACAAUAUAGUUUAAACAAUUAAAAAUGAUGUAGUUUUCUUCUUGCUUCUAAUACUAUGAAGGACAUUAUAAAACUUUAAGCCAUAAGAUGGGAACUGUGAAAGAAAAAAAUCAUCAUAUUUAAAAAGACAAAGAAGACUUUGUUCAAGAGUAUUCCAAUAAGAAAGAGAAAGAUUAUUGAGACGGAGGAAAGAGAUUGAAUUUAACUGCACUGAACCAAAGACAGACCUUGCCCUCCUUUGCAGAAAGAACAGAGUCCUCCUGCACAUCAUGAAAUACAAACUGCACCCUCUUCGCUCAACUCUGGAGACUGAGAUAAUGAGGUGAUAUAUUCACAAGCACCAGAGUCUGGCUACUUGCUGUGAAAGCUGAGACGAGUCAUAAGAUCUUUCAAAGCCCUUGCAAAAUGGAAAUAACAAUGUACAUACUUCGUUUAGAAGCAGAGAAGAAGAAAACAUCCUUUGAAUCCCAAGUACAUUUGAUGUCCAUUGGCAAUAACAUAACCAGAUAUUCAGAAAAUACUGUUUGGUGGUUAAAAAUCAAGAAACCAGAAGUUUUCAUUAGCAACCCAGAAAAAUAAUAAAAUCUUUAUGGUGUUAAACUCAUAGUACUAAUCUAACAUUUCAUACACAAUAGGAAUUAAAUAAGUGCUUACAGAAUAAAUCAUAUCAAAUGAUGAGGGUAUAAAAUAAAAAAGAAUUUAAAUGUCAAAUUAUAAUAAAAAAAGAAUUAGACUAAUUUUAAGUUGAUAACAAAACGGUUUUUAAUACUUACACAACUAGAAACACUGACCAGUUUUAAAACUACCAUUCUCUGCCAUAACAUAGCAGUUAUAAUAGUUUGAGUUUAUUGAUGAAAAUAAAAGUCAUUAUUUGAAAGAUUUAUAUAUUUUACUUUCAUUUCCUUUUCCCUCUCAGCACCAAGUGAUUUGCAUCUAAU